AUGAAAAGUUCGCGUCAAAAUUGCUUCAACAAGAUACAGGACGAUCGUUUACCGUUAUUUCCAACUACAGAAUUAGGUGCCGUCUAUGAAGCACUGCAAUGGAACGUCAUACAAAUUGUUAAAGAAAUAAUCGACGUACAACGUUUAAGUGAUUUAUUCUUAAAAUAUGCAAAACUUGGAGAUUCCGAUAGUAUUCGUGAUGCUUUGAGGCAUGCCACUAACGAGGAAAUUAAAGCUUUGGCAUCUGCAAAAGACACUGAUAAGUUAACUUUGUUGCAUCAUGCAUGUCGAUAUGGACAUAGUGAAAUCGUUGAACUACUGGUACAAAAUGGUGCUAAUGUUAAUAGUGAAGAUAAUAAUUUUUUAACCCCAUUACAUUAUGCAGCACGUUAUAACGCCGACAACAGUUCUUUGAAAGUUGAAAAUUUUGUAGGUCUAUCAGAUGCAAUUGACAGGCACCGCUAUCACCCAAUUCUCUUUGAGUUGAUUAAAAAUAAUGGAAAAACAUCGGCGAAAGAUAAAUACGGUCGAACUCCGUUGCAUUAUGCAGCUAUGGAAGGCAAUAUUAGAGCUGCACGAGAACUUAUUACUUUUAACGCCGAUGUCACUGCAAAAGAUCGAAAUGGUAUGACACCGCUGCAUACGGCAGCAGCAUACGGGUCGCUGCUCGUUGUUAGGCUGCUAGUUGAUACUGGAGCUCGAAUUCUAGACACUGAUAGCCAAGGAAACACUGCACUUCAUUUAGCUGCCAAAAGUGGACAUCGAAAAAUUGUACAGACAAUUCUUGAAGCAGAGAAAGAGCAAGUGAUACUUCUAGAGGCGAGAAAUACAUCUGGAGAUAAUGUUUUGCAUGUUGCUGUAGAUGCAAAUUCUAUUGACGUAGUACAGUAUUUGUUGAAAUGUGGUUGUGAUGUCAACGGAAAAGGUGCUAUGAAAAAUACAGCUUUACAUUCAGCAGCAAGUAAAGGUUACCGUGACAUUGUCGAAGUUCUUUUAAAAGAAAUACUAUUGGAGUCUAAAAAAACCUUGAUGAAUGUUCAGACGUCGGAUACUGAUCACGAGCUUGCAUUAGCAAAACGCGAAGUACUGGAAGCUCAAGAUAAAAAUGGAGCUACACCACUUCUUGUGGCAGCAUCAAAAAGACGUUGGGAAACUGUACGGUAUUUAUUGGAGGUUGUUUGUACCAAGUUUAGUAAAGCAGAAAAGAACGCAUUUGUGAACAGCUGUAACAGUGAUUUGGAAACACCAAUGCAUAUCGCUGCUGCAUGUGGUCACUUGAAGAUUUGUGAAAUGUUGUACGAUCACCACGCGUCAUUUACAUCGAUUAACAAAGACAAAGAAACACCGAUACAUUAUGCUGCGAAAGAAGGAAAAACUGAGGUGGUAAGUAAACUGUUGGAAUGGGACAGAAAAAUUGUCGGAGAUACUAACAUAGAUUUGAAUACACCUCUUCAUCUCGCUGCUAUGAAAGGUCACACUCAGGUUGUCGAGGUACUUUUGGACGCUGGAGCUGAAAUGAUGAUAGCUAACAUCUAUGAACAAAUGCCAUUGGAUUGUGCAGUUCACGAAGGAAGACUCCCUGUUGUUGAAUUGCUUCUAAAACGUGGUGCUGCAACAGAAUCGCCAUGGAAAUGGGUUGAGACGCCGUUACACAGAGCUGCCGAUAAAGGUUAUGCAGAAAUCGUAAGAACUUUGCUGCGUCAUAAAGCACAAAUCGACAGAUUCGACAAAUAUGGCAGAACUUGUCUUGACAUUGCAAUUGAGAAUAACCAUCCAGCAUGCUGUAAGGUGAUUCUGGAAGACGAUAAUUGGCAAGCUGUAAUGCGUUCGUCAAGAGAACGAUUUCUGGAAACUUAUGAGACUCCAAUGCGUUCACUGAUUCGAAAGUUCCCAGAUCUUGCUGAACUUGUUUUCAACAAAUGCUUGAAGCUGCAAUAUAUUAAUGACGAAAGAGACUUUAUACUGUGGUGUAACUAUGAAUUUCUUGAUGAUUCUUUGAUGAUAAAAAUGGCCCCAAAACAUCCAGCAGACUGGAUUAAAGGAAAUGCAUUUGAAGAACAGGAGGAAAAUUUUCUCAAGGAAGCUCAACCGUACAGUACAGAUUAUGAUAGCAUAAUAGCAAAUCAUCCUUUGAAAAUAAUGGUGUUUUUGCUUUAUCAACGUCACCUAAAAUUCUUCAGUCCUAAUAAUGCUCUUGAAAUUGCUGUUUACGCUACAUCAAUAAUAGUUGUUAUUGAUUUUAACGAAUGUUCUCGUGCUACUGGCCUUCGAAUGUUAGAGUACCAGGAUAUUUGGUGGAGUUUACUAAAAACGACCGUAAUGAUGACCGGCGAGAUAGAAUAUCAUGAGAUAUUCUUUGACAGUGACUCACCAAAUAAAACAGUAUUUACUCGGCCAUGGAUUAACAUAGCAUUGGUGUUUUUUGUCAUUAUAAUGAUUAUUCUGUUGAUGGAUCUACUGGUUGGUGUGGUCGACAACAUCAAUGUAGAAAAAGAGAAAGCGGAAUUGACUAGUAUUGCUAUUCAGAGUUUAAGCACCAAAUCUAGAAAAGAAAAACGUGAAUUACGAAAGCAGUUGUCAUCGCUCGGCGAAUCCAUAACAAAGACGGAAAAAGCAACCGAGGAAGUUCAAAACGAAUUGCUACUGCUAAAGGAGGCUCUGAAGAAGUCUGAGCGGCAACUGUGGGAAGAAUUGUUGUCGUUGAAGGAGUCUAUAAAUACUCAACUGGUACGACAACAGCAGACACUUGCCAUUAUUUCCAAUCAACUGAAUACUUGA